AUCAAACGGCCAUACGUGGCUGCGUCCGGAUACCCGCGUCUCGAAACCCUCGCGUUCUAGAGUGCGCUUUAAAACGUUAUUUUUUAGUGCCAAUAAAAUAAACAAAAGGGAACUAAAAACUAACGUUAGGGAAACAUUCUGUGUGUGCUGGGAGGAACUAAUUUUUGCCAGGUAGAAUGCCGUCAGGACGAAUUUAACUAGGGACCACAGCAGUGUUCAGUUGAAUAAUGACACGUAAUGUAAUUUUACAUAUGUGUUGUGUUUCACAGUGGCUUCAUUUGUUGAUAUUUUGAUCACACAUUUUAAAAUUAGCGAGGACGGCAAAAAGAGACAGGGCAAAUGAGUCAUGGGCAUUCUUGAUAUUCAGAAUACUCCAUGUGCUCGAAACUCUAUUCUGCAUGGCGCAGGGGGGUCAAUAGUGGCUGGACUGGUGCACUUUUUAGUAACGAGCCGUGUAAAGAGGUCAUUUGACGUUGGUGUUACAGGAUUCAUGCUUACAACAUUGGGAUCAUGGUUCUACUGCAGAUAUAAUAAUGCCAAGCUACGAGUUCAGCAGAGAGUCAUUCAGGAAGGCAUAAAGAAUAAAGUAAUAUAUGAAGGGACAAAUUUAGACCCCACACGGAAAACAAAAGGAGAUGCAUAAACUUGUAUUAGUUGAGACCAUAUUGAAUGUGGAUUCAUUUAUUUCCUCAUUUUAUGUUUUUUUAAUAAAACAAUUAUUUCAUGA